UGUGUUUAUGGUAUGGAUGUUUAUACACCACGUUUAUAUUUAUUUAUCACGUUUAUAGUUUAUCCAUCUAAACUGCUUGAAGCGAGUAUCGUUUUAUAGGAUACGUGCAUGUAUAUUCAUUUUCAAACGUUUGAAUAACCGAUGCAAACAUUGAACGAUACAAACUUCAUGUUUUGAUUUAUUUUAUAAAUAAAUGCAUAAACGGCUCAAAAAGAUGGAAAAGUCAAAGAACGCAGAGAAAUAUGACGUAGAAGAAGAUAAACCUUCGAAAAAGUCCGUAUCUCUACUGACAAAGGAAGUAGAUAAUGCGAACAUUAUAACGGGCAUUAAUUUACGACCAGCUUUCAAGUUCAACAAAUUUCCUAACAAUCUGGGAAAUGUGACAGCAAAUGCAAAUAACGCGGAGAAAACUUUUUAUUCUCGCACGACUUAUCCUUAUAAGAGCUGUAAUGUUGAUAAUAAUUUAAAGGCCCCAAUUGUUGUAGAAGAUAAUUUAAAUUCUUUUGCUGGUAAAAUAAAACCACUUGUUUCAAAUUCAAAUGAAAGCAGCCAAGAUAUAAUAGUAGACUCCAUGUCUGAAGCGAAUCCUAAUCAGUUUGCGUCGGAAGUUUCAAGUCCUUGUGCUUUAUCGCAAUUAAAAUUAAACGAUUCAAGUGCUUUCGAAGAAAUGGAAGAUGACGUUAUUUCACUAGCUCCAGAAUUUGGAAAUAUUGAAAAAAAGAACCUGACAUUGCCACAGUUUUAUUCUCUCAGGAAUAAAGUUUUGGCCAUAAUGAAACCAGAGUCUACUUUUUGGUUUUGCGGGAAGCUCAAAGUACAAGUUUUAUAUGGAUCAAUUCAAAUUUAUGGCGCGGUGCUUAAUAGUUCAACAACAGUAACACCUGUAGAAGUUUUUUCGCCAAGAAAUCAGAGCUUUGUCGGCAUUGGGACAGAAAAUGGCCCCUCUGAAUACAACGAAAAAAGGCUUUGGCAGACUCUUGUUGGCGAAGGUAUUAAUCGGAAGAUAAAAAGUUCUUUGGUGUUGAAUAUUAAACAGUGCGAACCUGGAUGGGCUGUUAUUUUAUUAGAAAACUUGACAAACCACAUGACAGAAUUUAUAAGCACGUUUUGUUCCUUCAAAUUAUUCCCAAAAAUGGACGAUCAAACAUUCUACUCUUGGACGGAUCCGAAAAGAGCAGAAAUAACAUUGCAAGCUAAUUUUCGAUACUCCAAAGCAGGAAAUCAGCUGAAAAUCAAUCCAGAAUGGAAAACAAAAGUAGUUGAUAGGAUUCUAGAUGAGUGUUCGAGUAAACAUAAAUCGAUUAAUCUGAUUUUUGGUGGAAAGAACGUUGGCAAAUCUACUUUCUCAAGAUAUCUGGUGAACAGCAUUUUGCCAAAGUCUGGCACUGUUGUUUUCAUAAAUUUGGAUCCUGGUCAAACUGAAUUCACACCGUCCGGUUGUAUUUCUUUGAAUUUGAUUGAUAAGGCAAUCUUGGGACCUAAUUUCACGCAAUUGCGAACGCCCCAUUAUCAAUUAUAUAUUGGAGAUGUAAACGUAGUUCACUGUGUAACCCGUUAUUUAGAGGGUGUGUAUAAAUUGGCACAAAUUGUAAACAGUGACUCAAGAAUAUCGCAUCUUCCGAUUAUAGUCAACACAAUGGGUUUUUGUAAAGGAAUCGGCUGGAAUAUAGCUGUUUCCCUUAUCCAAUUUUUCCAUCCAACCAGUGUCAUACAAAUUAUGUCGAGAAAGCCAAAAAAUAAUUUUGAUAAUUGUCUGAGCAGAAAUAUUGUUCAGCAACAGAAAUUCUCUUGGAUAACUUGGGACAAAUGCGACAAUGAGCAUAAGAAAUUGUCUUAUGAUCUAGUUAAAAUCAAUUCGGAAGCUGAAGAGCAGCAUAGCAAUGGUGAAGCCUGGAAUAUGGAACCUUAUCAGAAACGAGAUCUCGUGAUGCUUGCUUAUCUCAGUCAAAUUACAGAGAAGAGUAAAAGCAUCAUGUCCUAUAACUGUACAGCACUAAGUAUUAACGACGUGGUGCCACAUAUGGUGCCUUUAUCUUCUUUAUAUUUAUCCCUCACACAAACUGGAGUACCUUUAACGCAUGUACUUGCAGCUAUGAACGGAAAUAUAGUAGCUCUUUGCGGAUUUGAUCCAUGUGAUGUAUCCGUUAAAUCAAAUAGGCAUUUGAGCGCCAAGAAGCCUCAAGUUCUAGUCAGAACACCACUAAGUACCUGCUACGGGUUUGGAAUAAUUCGAGGAGUCGAGAUAGAAAAAGGAAUCGUGUAUUUAAAUACACCGUUGAGUUCGGAAAUAUUGCAAUUUGUCAAUUGCUUAGUGGAUUGCGUACCAAUUCCCUCAGCAUUAUUGCCAUUAAAUCAACCAAACGCACCAUACACAGGAAGUAAAGCCGAUCUACCAACAAGUAAAGAACCCAGAAGAGGUUACUUUAAAAUGAGAAAUCAAACCGCGUCUAAAGAUUAAAUUCACACAUCUUUAAAUGGUUGACUGAUGGACUCAGACGUUGUGUACCAAACCUGGUACCAGCAAACAAGUUUAGAUUCGUAAUCAUCGACCAAAAAAACUAGGGGGUAAGAAGUUUCAUCAAAUUCCAUUGAGUUUUAUAAGAGUUAAUCAAAGUGCGCGCAUUUGCGCUAUUGCCAAUCUUGUUACGUAUUUUUUCUGCGUAAAUAUACGUCAUUGCCAGUUAACUGGUUAAUAAGUUACUUGAAUUCAAUCAAUUUCAUGUUAUGAUAAACAUGUUCAUAAAAUGUACGAAAGAAAUUCUAUUUUUUCGAUUGUGUAAAUAUAUUCAAGUUUUGAAUAAUACUUCGUGUGUAAUUCCAACACCCUUAAGAAUGUAGUUUCAAAACGCCAAAUUUCUGGAUACUUCCAACCUUCUGAAUUUGGGAACCAAAGGUCAUGCAAAGCGUUCAAUUACAAAUUUCAGAUAGAAAACGGUCAGAGGUUAGAGAAUAUUCUGCCGUCUCAAAUUCAAAAAGUCAUAUCUACACAUUUGGCGGAAAAUGAGUUAUGACCUGCAAAAUUUUCCUGCACAACUAAUAAUUAGCUUAUAUGUUGCGAAAAUGCCUAUUUUAUGGAAAAUAUUUACGCAUCAUUCGAGGUCAAACGUUCGCGAUAACUUCUAAUGUAUCUACCCGCGCAUGCGCUGCGAGCAGAUGGUUUACGUUUUUAGGUUUUAAAAUCUAUUUUUAUCAAAACAGUCUGCAAACUGAUAGAAUGUUUUCUUACUUUAGGA